UGUGUAGUUUGUUGUAGUUACUUGUUCCUUGCCCGCGGUUGUGUUUGUGUUUGUCCGGAGGGGCGGAGCUCGGCGCCGCUGCUCCCGCACUCACGCUCUUCCUCACUGCGUCGUCCUCUGCAGCUCGGCUCGGUCGGAGCUUCGGCUGUAACCGUCAAACAUUUUAUCACACAAAGUCUCACAAACAUGAGCGAUAACGAGAAAGGCUAUGGUCGGGAGUCCCGCUCUGCCUCUCGGAGCGUGUCUCGAGGCUCUCGUGGCUCUGGGAAGUCCGCGAGUCGCUCCCCGGCUCGAUCUAAAGAUGGCUCCCGGCAUUCCCGCUCCAAAUCCCGCUCCCACUCCAGAUCCAAGUCUGGCUCUCGUCGAGGCUCCAGGCGUCACUACAGCCGCUCUCGUUCCCGCUCUCGCUCGUACCGUAGACGUUCCCGCAGCCGCUCCUACAGCGGAGAAAGACGCCAUCGGAGCCACAGCCGCUCCCCCAUGUCCAACCGCCGCAGACACAUCGGAAACAGAGCGAAUCCAGACCCAAAUGCCUGUCUGGGGGUGUUCGGCCUGAGCUUGUACACCACCGAGCGGGACCUGAGAGACGUCUUCUCCAAAUACGGCCCUCUGGCAGAUGUCAGUAUUGUGUAUGACCAGCAAUCAAGGCGCUCCAGGGGCUUUGCGUUUGUUUACUUUGAAAACACGGAUGAUGCGAAAGAGGCAAAGGAGAGGGCUAAUGGCAUGGAGCUGGACGGGCGCAGGAUCAGAGUGGACUUCUCCAUCACCAAAAGACCACACACACCAACACCUGGGAUAUACAUGGGCCGUCCUACAUACGGUGGAGGUGGACCCAGUGGACCUCGGCGUUAUUCUCGUGACUAUGACCGUGGAUACGAUCGCGGCUAUGACAGAGGAGACAGAGGGGGCUACGAUCGCUAUGACGACAGAGAUUAUUACAGGUCAUACAGAAAACGCUCUCCGUCACCGUACUACAGGGGUGCAUACAGGUCCCGGUCCAGGUCACGAUCUUAUUCUCCACGUCGCUAUUAAAUGAUGUAAUGAAGUUGUCGAGCAUUGUUUGAGUCUGAAGAAUGAAUCUAGUAUGUUGUGUGGUCAAACAGUUAAUUUUACAGUCGUUCGUAGAUGGCCAUCAAAUGUCCAUGUGCAGUAACGGUAUACAGUAAGACUUCAUGUGAGCUGAUGUUUUUAUUUUAUUUUACCUCUCAUGGUUACGUUGAUUUUUAUUUUUUGUAUGCUGUUUGGGUCUUUGAAGAAAUUAAAGGAAGUUGCAUUUUCCA